UGAAGUGACAAAAUAUGUGUUUUUCUUCGCAAUUAACUUUAUAUGCAUAUGGUAUCUUGAAACUUCAACGCUCAACGUUCCGAUACGCUGGUGGUUCAAUCUUGGAAUGCAUUGCUCACACCAUUGUGCCAAAGCAAAAGUGUGUAUCGUAAUACCAACAUUCCGAUACGCUCGUAGUUCAAUUUUGGAAAGUAUUGCUCGUUGAAACACCAACUUUACACCAUUGCAUAACAAUAUAUCUAGAAAGUAAUGUGCGUAAUACCAAUGUGAAAAUAACAAUGGAGGAUUUCAAAUCAAACAUAUCCAGAAUAUCCAGAAUUGUAAAUGAUUCAACAUUUCUUCUCCAUGUAGAUUUCGGGCCACAUAGAGACCCGAUGUAUAUACUGUUACCUAUAACAAUUAUAUACUCUGUUAUAUUUGCAACUGGACUCUUCGGAAACAUAAUUACAUGCACAGUAAUAGUUCGUGACAGAACCAUGCAUACUACGACGAACUGCUAUUUAUUUAACUUGGCGAUAUCUGAUAUAAUUUUUCUUUUAUUCGGAGUUCCGUACGAAACAUAUUGGCUAUGGUGGAAAUGGCCAUACCCGUUUGAUCCAGCGUUCUGCCCGAUUCGUGCGUUGAUAUCGGAGACUUCUACUAAUGUGAGCGUGAUGACAAUAACGUUGUUCACGAUUGAACGGUAUCUGGCUAUUUGCUUUCCUUUUCUGUCACGUAAGAUGGCGAAGACGUCGCGGGCGGCGAAGCAGUUGGUGGCGCUAUGGAUCGUAGCGCUAAUAUCCGCGCUCCCAGGAGCCUUAGAAUUCGGCGUGAGCACUCACAUCGGAAUAACAACUUGCCACCAAGUCCGAACAAUCGUAAAACACUACUUUGAAAUCUCCACUUUCCUAUUCUUCUUGGCGCCCAUGGUGCUAAUAACAAUACUUUGUUGUUUAAUCGGGCUAGCGUUGAAGAAAUCAGAUUUGAGUAAGGAUAAGCCAAAUGUGACACUUGAAAUGAGAGUCACUGCUCAGGUUCAGGAAAAGCAUAGUCAGUCAACGAGACGGGUGAUAAAAAUGUUAGUCGCCGUGGUAGUGACAUUCUUUAUAUGUUGGGCGCCAUUCCACGCCCAAAGACUACUGAUAAUAUACGCAACGAGUAACGGAGUGAAGUUCGAGCAGAUAAAUCGAGCCAUCACAAUACUUACGUAUGUUUCUGGAGUAUUCUACUAUCUGUCUACGUGCAUCAAUCCGAUAUUGUACCACAUCAUGUCUAAUAAAUUCAGGGAGGCCUUUAAGAAUACGCUGAUGCAGUGCUGUAGGCGAGGCGCGCGCUCGUAAGAGGUUAUCGCACUACGCGCAUCACACAUUAUUUUGUUCAAGAUUUACAUUUUAAUAUUAUUAAUUGAAUAAUAAAAGUAAUAUGAAUAUAAAAAGCGAGAAAAAAGUUAGUGCUACGGUGUGUAUUUUGCCUUCACUAACUUGUGCCUUCACUAACACUGCAAAAACUAACUCUAAAAUAGCUACAUGCCAGAGAACGAUGCAGAGAAGCUUGCUAAACAUCAUAUAAAUAUAAGAGCUGUAACAAAACG